AUGGACCCACGGGCACCUUUCGCCUGGGACGAGGAGUGCUUCGACCAUACGCGAGAGGCAUUUUUACCCUCCUACACUAAUGUUUCCGGAAUGGUCUGCGAGAAUGAAUGGAGACUGGUCGGCCACGAAGAGAGGAACGAAGAGGCUAGCGAUCAGGCGGCCAACGAACUCUCGGAGAAAGCUGACCAGGCCGAGCAAGAGGAGGUGAAUAGACUUGCCGAAGGCACCGGAGACGAGCAGGAGGACAUCGGGUUUGCCGACUAG